AUGGCAGCUGAAAAAAUUAACCACACACAUCCUUUAUUUGUUCAUCCUUCGGACACUCCUAGCUCAAUUCUGAUUCCUGUCAAGCUCACAGGUUCAGAGAACUAUGGGUUGUGGCGUCGUUCAAUGAAAAUUGCAUUACAAGCUAAAAGGAAGCUAGGUUUUGUGCUUGGGACAUGCAAAAAGGAUUCGUUUAAAUUUGAAUUACAUGAGGACUGGGAAACAUGUAAUGCAAUAGUGCUCUCCUGGAUCAUGAAUAUAGUUUCUCCAGAUCUACUUAGCGGUAUUGUCUAUGCAUCUAAUGCACACCUAGUGUGGGAAGAUCUAAGAGAGAGAUUCGACAAGGUGAAUCGUGUGCGAAUUUUUCAGUUACAUAGAGAAAUUGCUACUAUUGCUCAGGGAACAGAGUCAGUUUCUGCAUAUUUCACCAGGUUGAAGGAACUGUGGGCUGAGUAUGAUGCCAUGGUGCCCGUACCUAAUUCGAAAGAAUAUGUUGAACAUUUGCAACACCAGAGGUUGAUGCAGUUUCUGAGUGGCCUUAAUGAGACAUAUGAACAAGUGAGGCAUCAGAUCUUAAUGAAGACUAUGGAGCCAACACUAAAUCAAGCUUAUGCGUUGAUUAUAGAAGAUGAGAGUCAAAAUGCUAGCACUCAUACAAUCUUUCCAAAUAGAGGAGAUCUAGUUGCUAUGCAAGCAGGUAGAGGACAAGCACCUAUGCAGAACAUCAGGGGACAGUACAAGGGAAAGAAGCCAUUUCUGAAAUGUGAUUACUGCAACAAGCCUGGACAUUCCAAAGAAAACUGCUACAAGUUGGUUGGCUAUCCAACUGAUUUCAAAGCCAAGCAACCAUAUGCAGCAAACAUGACAACUGGUGGUCAGGAGAAUGGAAAGCAGGCAGGUCAGGAUGAAGAAGGAAGUAGCUCUGAUGGAUUGAAAGUAGGAUCAUAUUUCACUGAAGAUCAAUACAGACAUAUUUUGAACAUGUUGAACAGGGAAACCCCAGAGCAUCAAGCUAACAUGGCAGUGUCCAAACUAACUAGGCAGUUGUGUUGCUCAGUGAAUUUUUUCCCUGAUUUUUGUCUAUUUCAUGAUCUCUACAAUGGCAAGGUGAGGGGGAUUGGUAGAGAGAGAGGUGGUCUAUACAUUUUGAAGAAAAAUUUCAAAGGAGAUCUGGAAAGAUUUGUCAAGGAAGUAAAGAAGUUUGCAUCAGCUACAACUACACAAAACAAUGUAGAAGUUGGAGUUUUGUGGCACAAAAGGCCAGGCCAUGCUUCAGUUAGUACUAUGAAGAAGUUAUAUUUGUUUCAUAAUAAUUCUGUAGGAGUAAUAGUGAAUAAUGAUUGCCCUUCUAAGGUGAAGGUAGUUAGAACAGAUAAUGGCACAGAAUUCUUUAACAGGCACAUGAAUGAACUGUUUGAUGCAUAUGUUAUAGUUCAUCAAAGUAGUUGUGUUUACUUUCCACAGCAAAAUGGAAUAGUGGAGCGGAAACAUGGACACAUUUUGGAUACAGCAAGGGCAUUGAAGUUUCAAGCAAACACUCCUACAAGAUUCUGGGGUGAAUGCAUUAAAACAACAGUGUAUGUGAUAAACAGACUGCCCACUGAUCUACUGAAUGGAAAGGCUCCAUAUGAACUUCUUCAUAACAGGACACCUUCACUGACUCAUCUUAGAGUAUUUGGAUGCCUCUGCUAUGCAACUAACUUGGUUAAGGAAGACAAGUUCUCACCAAGGGCAAUAGCAGUUGUAUUUCUUGGUUAUGCAGAGACACAAAAAGGGAACAAACUAAUGGACUUAAAUACUAACAAGUUUUUUGUGUGCAGAGAUGUCAUAUUCAAGGAAAAUAUGUUUUCUUUUCAAAAUGCAAAGGGACAAAUAACUACUGAUGAUACUCCAGGUCAGUCAGAACCUUUACAAGGUUCCUGUGGGAAUAUGCUUCAACAGCCAGAAGUAGCUGUAGAGAGUAAUUUGGAGGAGCCUGUUGAAGAGGUGGUAUUGAUGACACCACAGAGAUCUAUGCUGCAGAACAUGAAGCUGAUGAUGAUGACCAUAUCCUAUCAGAAACACAUGCAGACAUGCAACAAGGAGGAAGUGAGCACUCACCAGAAGCAGAUUCAGGUGUCGGGAAGCAGCUGCAGUAGCGCGGGAGUUAGCUUCAGUUUUGCGAGACACCAAGAUGCAGAGGCAGAGGUAGAGGCAACAAAUAGUAAUGUAAUCCCAGAACAACAUGUGGUGGUAGAGGAAAUUGAAGUUCCUCCAACAAUCAUUCAGCAAGGGACUACUGAGGCAAGAAAGUCCAAGAGAACCACAAAGGAACCUAUAUGGUUACAGGACUAUGUGACCACAACAAAAGGAAAUUCCUCCUAUCUACUGUCUAACUAUCUAUCUUAUAGCAAGUUAACUGACACAUGCAGGAGUUUUGUGACAAGAAUCUCAGAGUUGACAGAACCAAAGACCUUCAGUGAAGCAUGCAAGGACAAGAGAUGGCUUGAAGCUAUUGAAGUUGAAAUUAAAGCUUUGGAGGGCAAUCAAACCUGGGAUGUUGUUGAUCUUCCAAAAGGCAUGAAGGCCAUUGGCUCAAAGUGGGUAUACAAGAUCAAGUAUAAAGCAAAUGGUGAGAUAUAG